AUGGUUGCACUUACCCCUGUGUUUCUCUUUUUUCUCUUUCUCUCUGCCAAUUCUGAUGAAAGUUCUAAGUUGGAUUCAUCGUGCUUUUCAGCCAUUCCGAUUUCCAACUCGGUUGCUGCUCUCUACGUGUUUGGGGACUCGACCGUUGAUGCCGGCAACAACAAUUACAUCGACAAUGCCGCAAGGGCUAAUUUUUUGCCUUAUGGCAUUGAUUUCAACAACACCCCCACUGGCCGUUUUACCAACGGAAAAACUAUUGCCGAUUUCAUUGCGAUAUUAUAUAAUCUUUCACUAACCCCUCCGUAUUUGAGCUUGAUGGAAGCACAAAGGAAGACCACUAUGGGCGGCAUCAAUUAUGCUUCUGCUGGAUGUGGUAUCUCCCCCAACACCAAACCAACCGAGAAAGAUUGCUGGAGUUUGCAAACACAGAUUGAGGCAUUUAACAGGACUGUCCAGGAAGAUCUGCCAUGUAUGAUUGAAGAUCCACAAGAGCUCGCUGAGUAUCUUGCAAAUUCCAUAUUUUUCAUCUCCAUGGGGGCCAAUGACUACCUCUUAAACUUUAACAACCACAGCGACCCUGAAUAUUUUGCAAAUUCUCUCUUAAUCCAGUUUCAAUGCUAUUUGCAGACACUAUAUAACAUUGGAGCCAGAAAUCUAGUGGUGAACAACAUAGGUCCUCUGGGAUGCUUGCCGUCGAUGAUAAACAAGACAGGAAAUGGGCAGUGCGAUGA